UUUCACUUCCUGUCAGUGUUACAUCAAUUUUAUAUGAAUUAAAAAUCUAGUUUUUAAUUUGUGUAAUAAGAUCACACAGACAUGGAUCGUGUCAGUUCAGAGCCCGAAUUGGUUCGGUCCCAAUCUGACUUUGCAAUAGCUCAGAUGGAGGCAAGACAACUAACAGCAGGAAAACGAAUUAGAGCUAGCGCUACGUUUUUAGCCAUGCAGGAAACUGUAAAGGAAAAAUUGCAAAAAAUGAAAGAAGCUCGUGUUGCCCGCUACUCAGACCUACAACUGCCCCAGCGACACGUUUGCGAUAUGGUUGCAAUGUAUUUGGGCCUGGAACCCAACGAUGUUAUGGAAGGGGUCGUAGACGACCAGCUACAGGUUGACUUGCUCAACGCCCUGUUGGAGAAUGGGAAUGUGAAGUGCAUAUUUUUUUAUUACCAAGAUGGACCUCCUUAUCCGAUUGAAAGUGGUCGCAUGAUUGCUAGUCUGAAGACUGAAAUUAAACGGAUUUUUGUCACUACUGGUGAACUUUACCAAAUGAAGGAACGAGCUGUGGCUGUGUAUAAGAUUAAUAACGCAACAUUAGAUUUAAAGAAUAUUAAUGACGAAGUAUUUUUUAUACACUUUGACAUGGAUAAUGGCAAAGCCAACACUGCCGAAGUACUUUACAACCUACUGGCAGAUCUUGUCAAAAUACCCUUAUCAAUUUGGAAGGAGUGGGGAGACCUACCUAAAACCGAAAACGGCAGAUUGCAGAAGAUAAACUUUGACGGAGACUUUGCCGGUUUUGUUACAUUUUUGGACAAGACAAAACAAGAUUUGAGUGGCGUGGUGUAUUUCAACUGGGAUCAAGACAUAUUGACAGAAAUAACUGAAAAUCGCGAAAAAUCGUUUUUCAAUAAAGAACUUAUACAAAAGCUAGAGAUGAACGUUCGUGUAUGGCAUAAACUUAUUGAGAGGUGUUUGGUCCAGUUCCAACAGCUACGCAGAGAAGACGAAUUCGUUGGACCCGAGGUUGAAAUAGAAUUCUGGAGAAGACAACUGGCAAGAUUCACCUGUCUUGUGGAGUUUUUGGAAACACCAGAGUGUUCAGAGUAUAUAGAAUUUUUGAGAUACAUUAACGCUCGACAUAUUUUGAAGAUAUGGAGGAAGCAUGUAAAUGCGGUAUACGACACAAAAAAUGAAUGUAGUGAUAACGUCAAGUAUCUAUACUCACUAGAGAAGUAUUGGGAGCCUUUCUACAGGUUGGAUCCGCCAGACCUGGCAAAACAUUUGCCGUCAUUACUCUACGCGGUUCGAAUGGUAUUUACGACUUCGAGGUACUACAACAGUACCGGAAACAUAACCGCGCUUUUGGUGAAGGUUUCUAACCAGAUGAUUAAGAAGUGCAGGGAUUAUCUUGACUGCAAUGGGACUAAAACUAUUUGGAACCAGCCGAAGGCGUUGGUCUUAGAAAAAAUUAAGGUUUGCCUAGACCUCUACCUAAAAUACUACCAAUGCUUCAAAAAAACCAAACGUCAAAUAGAAGAACGCGGUGAGAAGCCAAUGGAAUGCUCUGAGAUGUUCAUCUUUGGCAAAUUCGAAACGUUCAAAAAGCGUUGCGAGCAAAUCGUUUUCGUCAUCAACACCACCGUCAAGUACUCGAUUUUGCAAAAAAGUACCAUCGAGGGAAUCGACGUUUUCGCCAAUAAAUUCAUCGAGUUCUUCAGCAACAUUUCUAAGCAAAAGUACGACGCUUUGAAUCACCGAUUGCCGUACUUCGACAAGGACUACAAGGAGUUUAGACAGAACGUUGUGGAUACGGAGUGGGAGUUAGAGGAGUUUGUAGGAAGUUCGCUGGAAAAGAUGACGGAUGUCGAUAAUGUGUUAAGGUUGCUGAAAAGAUUCGAGAAGUUGAAUUUGGAGUGCCUGCAUUUAGAUGAAAGGUAUCUGGAAGCAAUGAUAAUGUUUGAGAAAGAAAUAGGAGAGUUACGAGACAGGUACAAUGAAGAAAGACAAUCCCCUACGUUACCGAGAAAUAUGCCACCAGUCAGUGGAAGGAUCUACUGGGUCCGCCAUUUUUAUGACAGAAUCGAACAGCCUAUGAACGUGUUCAAAACCAAGAGCAGGGUUAUGAGGCACAGAAAAGUGCAAAGAUGUAUUCAGCUCUUCAAUGCUAUGUCAAUGGUUUUUGUGCAGUUCGAAAACAUAUAUCAUGAAGCAUGGUAUAAGUUUUCUGGCCAGGUACGAAAUGUUUUGAUGGCACCUAUUUUAACAACGCACGAGCAGACAAAAAGGUAUCAAGUAAACUUCCAUAACUAUAUCACUGAGGUUAUAAGAGAAGCAGAAUAUAUCUAUAAACUUGACUUGCCUGUUCCCGACGUUGGUCAAGUUCUAGUAUUUUGCAAAGAGAAACUUUUGAAUUCGUACGAAGUUGUUAAGGCACUGGUGUUGAGGAACGAUGGUAUCAGAAUGAACAUUCCGACUUUGUUUUUGCCGAUGAUGAGACCGCAGUUGGUAAAAAUGGAAAAUGCUUUUAUGGCGGGAUUUUCGACGAUAACUUGGACGUCUAUGAAAAUACCAGAUUUUUGCAACAACGUUACUGAUACCCUAGACAACAUAGAAAUGUUUGUAAAAGAAGUAAGAGAUAUGAAAGAAGCUAGGAUAGAUGAAGUAUUGGAAACUAUUGCUGCUACUUGCCUAGUUUAUUUGCCAGACGAACCACUCAAGCCUAGCGAAUUUUUAGACCGCAACAUUGAACAUAGACGAAAAAUUGCCCAGGAUAUUCAACUGAAAUCUGCGACAAUAGAAAGAUGCGUGAUAGAUUUGAUAAACAAGUUCUUGGGUCUACUUGAACAACCAGAAAUUCAAGAUAAAAAGUAUGACUGGUUAGAUGCAGAUAAAGCCCUGAAACCUGUUGGCUCAUCGUCAAGAUUAUUGAUGACUGAAGACGCAGCAUUUAGAGAAGUUGACAGAUCGGCUCAGCCAGAUUUGAGCUCGAUCCAUGCCGAUUGCAUUGAAAUGUUUUGUUUCUUCAACAUGAAACUCGUAGAUGCUCUGAUUAAGGCUUCAAAAAUGUCUCUAGAGAAGCUUAAACAACGAGCUACAAGUUUGAGCGGAGAGCAGGUUCCUCUUAUGAAGUCAGCGAUGAUCCUUCAAAUACCUCUGGCCAUCAUAAAUCCCACCUUAGAUGAAGUUCAAAGCAUAUUUUCGCAAGUAUUAAAUAAUAUCUUGGAUACGCAUAAGUAUAUUGCUAUGUGGGGACAAAACACCGGCAGAAAGUCAGCUAUGAAGAAAGAGAAAGUUAAUGACAUAAAAGCAAAAAAUUACCAUAAAAUAAUUAGCGAAAAUAAGGAAAUCGUACGAAUAUACAUGAGCUUACAAGGAGUUUUGUACAUGGUCCAGCCGGAUGUUGUUGAACUAAUAAAAGGAUAUCUAAACUACGAUUACCUCUGGGCAGAGGACAGAGAUCAACAAAUGGAAGACUUUUGCGCUACAAACCCUUUGAUUGUUGAAAUUUCUGAGAAAUUUCAGGAGUAUGACGCUAGAGCAGAAGCAAUUCGACAACUGCCUGAUAAGCAUGACAUAUCGGCACUUCAAGUAACAAUGGAGGACUUUAAGUUGGGAUUACUGGUUGAAUCAGAUGCCUGGAAAUAUAUUUUGGGCAAGAAAUUGGGCAACAGAUAUAAGGAAAAACUAGUUGCUAUGGUAGAUUUUAUAAAGGCCCAAGAAAAGAUUCUUAGCAAGCCUAUCAAGGAUCUCGAUGACUGUAGAAAUGCAAUGAAUUGCUUAGAAGUAAUCAGGGAACAUUUCAUCGAAAUGGAUAUGGACCUAGGUUUGAUGGAAGAAGCAUACGCAACACUAGCAAGGUUCAAAAUUGACGUUUCUAGGGAAGAUAUUGAGAGAGUUGAAUCGCUAAGAUUCAACUUUGAGAACAUGGUGAACCACGCGAAAGCUGUUCAAGAAAAUAUUUGCAACGUCCAAGGACCUCUGUUGGAAGAGCUGACAGCUGGUGUGGCUAAAUUCAGGGAUGAAGUAGAAAUGUUUGACCGAGAUUUCGAAGAAAAAGGUCCCAUGAUUCCAGGCUUGUCAGCCAGAGAGGCCAGUGAUAGAGUGUUGGCAUUCCAAGAUAGGUUCGAUGAGUUGUGGAGAAAAUUCGAGAUGUACAGCAGUGGUGAAAGGCUCUUCGGCCUAGAAGUAAACGACUACCCUAUUCUUCAUAAGCGCAAAAAGGAGUUCAACCUCUUAAAUAAACUGUAUGGUCUGUACUUGGCUGUCAAUCACAGUAUUGAUGGAUACUUCGACCUACUUUGGAGCGAUGUGGACACCGAAGUCAUUUUCGCAGAGUUGCAAGAGUUUCAAAACAGAUGCCGUAAGCUACCUAAGGGAAUGAAGGACUGGCCAGCCUUUCUGGAUUUGAAGAAGAAGAUUGAUGACUUCAGUGAAACCUGUCCGCUAUUGGAACUCAUGGCGAAUAAGGCCAUGAAAGAGAGGCAUUGGAAGCGCCUGAGUAACCUGACAGGUUAUUUUUUCGACGUUGAGUCGCCAACAUUCACUUUGAGAAAUGUUAUGGAAGCGCCACUACUGCAGUACAAAGACGAUGUUGAAGAUAUCUGUAUCAGUGCCGUUAAAGAGAAAGAUAUUGAGGCAAAACUUAAACAGGUGAUAGCUGAUUGGGCAGUUGUAGAGCUGUCUUUCUCAAACUUCAAAUCCCGAGGUGAACUGCUAUUGAAGGGAAAUGAGACUGGUGAAAUUAUUACUACACUUGAAGAUAGCUUGAUGAUUAUGAACUCUCUACUAAGCAACAGAUAUAAUGCUCCAUUCAAGAGAGAUAUUCAGCUGUGGGUUCACAAAUUGGUCGAUACGUCAGAAAUUUUAGAGAAAUGGCUUAUCGUCCAGAACUUAUGGGUAUACUUAGAAGCAGUAUUUGUAGGUGGCGAUAUCGCCAAGCAAUUGCCUGCUGAAGCAAAACGGUUCAGCAAUAUUGAUAAGUCAUGGGUCAAAAUAAUGAUAAGAGCCCAUGAAAUUCCAAAUGCGGUUGACUGCUGUACCGGUGACGAAACUAUGGGCCAGUUGUUGCCUCACCUCCUGGAACAACUUGAGACUUGCCAGAAGAGUCUGACUGGAUACCUGGAAUCCAAGAGACUAUGCUUCCCAAGAUUCUUCUUCAUUUCCGAUCCGGUAUUGCUGGAAAUCUUGGGACAAAGUUCAGAUCCAACUUCUAUACAAUCACAUUUGCCUAGCUUAUUCGAUGCUGUAUAUAAGGUCGAUUUCGACGAGAAGAAGGCAGACAUGAUCAUAGCCAUGAACUCAGACCUGGGUGAGAAAGUACCAUUUGAAAAAGGUGUUAUAUGCGCUGGUGGUGUUGAAUUCUGGUUAAACAGCCUUUUGCAAAUGGUCAAGGACACUGUCAAGAACGUCAUCGCUGCAAUGGCACAAUGCUUCAGUGAUCCAGAUUACGAUUUUAUUUCCGGAUUCGUUGGAUUCUGUGGCCAGGCCGGUCUGGUAGGAAUACAGAUUCUGUGGACAAAAGAAGCCGAAAUAGCCAUAAAGAAAGCGAAAUUUGAUAGAAUGCAGAUGAAAAUAACAAAUCAGAGAUUCUUAGAUUUACUGAAUUCCUUGAUUGAGCUAACUUCAAAGGACUUGACGAAAAUGCAGAGGAUACGAUUCGAAACCAUGGUCACAAUCCACGUCCAUCAAAGGGAUAUCUUCGACAACAUAUGUAAAGCAAGAGUGAAGAAUGUGUUGGACUUUGAAUGGCAAGCUCAAUCCAGAUUUUACUACAAUGAAGAAAAUGACGAUGUUUUAGUAAAGAUAACAGACGUGAUAUUCUUGUACCAAAACGAAUAUUUGGGUAUCACCGAAAGAUUGGCUAUAACUCCCUUGACUGAUAGGUGCUACAUUACUCUAGCACAAGCCAUAUGGAUAAAUAUGGGAGGAGCCCCAGCAGGCCCAGCUGGUACAGGAAAAACAGAAACAACGAAAGACAUGGGCAGGACACUUGGUAAAUUCGUCGUCGUGUUCAAUUGUUCUGACCAGAUGGACUUCAGAGGACUGGGGCGCAUAUUCAAGGGUUUGGCUCAAUCAGGAACAUGGGGUUGUUUUGACGAAUUUAACAGAAUAGAACUUCCAGUAUUGUCAGUGGCUGCUCAACAGAUCUACAUUGUACUGGUGGCCAGAAAAGAGCGCAAACCAUCGUUCAUAUUCAUGGACGGUGACAAUGUCAGCAUGAACAUCGAAUUCGGCAUCUUUUUGACAAUGAAUCCUGGUUACGCAGGACGACAAGAAUUGCCGGAAAAUCUGAAAAUUAUGUUCCGAAGUGUGGCCAUGAUGGUGCCAGACAGACAGAUCAUCAUUCGUGUCAAACUGGCUUCAUGUGGAUUUAAAGAUAACAUCUAUCUCUCCAGAAAAUUUUAUACUUUGUACCAGCUUUGUGAAGAACAGCUUUCCAAACAGGUGCAUUAUGACUUUGGACUUCGCAACAUUCUGUCGGUUUUGAGAACUCUAGGAGCGCAGAAAAGGGCAAAUCCAAAUGAAACUGAAGAAGUUGUGGUUAUGAGAGUAUUAAGGGACAUGAAUCUGAGCAAGCUAAUAGACGAAGAUGAACCACUGUUCAUAUCUCUGAUUGAAGAUAUGUUUCCCGGCAUAAAACUGACUACAAAGUCAUGGAAGGAGCUACAAAAAUGUAUCUCCAACGUCUGCAGUGAUACUGGUUUAGUGAACCAUCCUUCAUGGAAUUUAAAGGUCAUUCAGUUGUAUGAGACUUCUUUGGUGAGGCAUGGAUUAAUGGUGUUAGGACCUACUGGUGCAGGGAAAACUAAAUGCAUGCAUACGUUGAUGAAAUCUAUGACUGAAAUGGGCUUACCGCAUAAAGAACUAAGGAUGAAUCCUAAGGCCAUAACAGCCCCUCAGAUGUUUGGCAAAUUGGAUGUGGCCACAAAUGAUUGGACCGAUGGAAUAUUUUCUACCCUUUGGAGAAGAACUUUGAAGUUCAAAAAAACCGACUACUGUUGGUAAUUUAAUAGAAAUAAAUUUAUCUGCUGAUAAAUCAUUUUGACAUAUCGAGAUCCCUUUUUCAUUCAUUCAUAAUCUAACCCAUAAUGUUGAACACUAGGUUAGUUCUUGAUGGACCUGUAGACGCAGUAUGGAUUGAAAACUUAAACUCUGUACUGGACGACAACAAAACUUUAACACUUGCCAAUGGUGAUCGUAUAGUAAUGGCAGCCAAUUGCAAGCUGGUAUUUGAGCCAGAUAAUGUUGAUAAUGCUAGCCCAGCCACUGUAUCUCGAAUGGGUAUGGUUUUCAUGAGUUCAUCUGUAUUACCAUGGAGUCCAAUACUGGAAGCAUGGUUUAGGAAGAGGCCACAACAAGAGGCUGACACGUUGAGGACAUUGUUCAGUAAGAUAUAUGGAGACUUGCACACCUAUGUGCAAACGAGACUUAAAGCUAAGAUGGCGGUUAGAGAAGCCUUAUACAUAAGGCAGUGUUAUGAUAUUUUGCAAGGCAUACUGGAUAUCUCUGAUGAACCAAAGGUAUGGAGCGACAAGCAACUAGAGCGUCUUUUUAUAUUCGCCAUGAUGUGGUCUUUGGGCUCUCUCCUGGAACUUGAAGACCGUGCAAAGUUGGAAGAAUUCGCUCUAGUCCAUCCCUCCAAGCUUGACUGGCCCAAAUGUGGAGAGAACGAAACCAUUUUCGAAUACGUGGUCAAUCCUGACAAUGGAAGAUGGGAGCAUUGGACCAAUAGAGUGGAGAAAUUUGUUUACCCAACUGAUAGCGUUUUGGAGUUUACUGGGAUCUUAGUACCUAAUGUGGAUAAUGUCAGGACGGCGUUUUUGAUCCACACUAUUGCUAAGCAGAACAAAGCGGUGCUUCUUAUAGGUGAACCGGGGACAGCAAAAACUGUGAUGAUAAAGGGCUACGCCGCAACAUUUGAUCCUGAUUACAAACUGAGCAAGUGUUUCAAUUUCUCAUCUGCGACAACGCCGAAUAUGGUGCAGAGAAUCAUUGAAUCUUAUGUUGACAAGCGAGUCGGUACAACUUACGGCCCACCAGCUGGAAAAACCCUGACGAUCUUCAUUGAUGAUAUCAAUAUGCCUGUCAUCAACGAUUGGGGUGACCAGAUUACGAAUGAAAUUGUCAGACAGUGUAUGGAAACUGGAGGGUUCUACAGUUUGGAUAAACCAGGCGACUUUUCGUUCAUAGUAGACGUUAUGUUCCUGGCCGCCAUGAUACAUCCUGGAGGUGGUAGAAAUGAUAUACCUCAUAGACUGAAAAGACAAUUUUGUAUAUUCAAUUGCACGUUACCAAGCACCACUGCUAUGGACGUCAUCUUUGGUCAAAUUGGCUGUGGUUACUUCUGCAUAGAAAGAUUCAAUCAAGAAAUAGUAGAUUUCCUGCCAAGGCUAGUACCUCUAACCCGACAUGUUUGGCAGAACACAAAGAAGAAGAUGCUGCCUACACCGGCCAAGUUCCAUUAUGUCUUCAAUCUAAGAGAUUUGUCCAGAAUCUGGCAGGGCAUACUCAACGUUCACGGUGAAGAAUGUGAAAAUAAAACAUCAAUUUUGAAACUAUGGAGGCAUGAGUGCACCAGAGUUAUUGCCGAUAGGUUCACUGAACCUCAAGACAGGGAAUGGUUCAUAAGCGCGAUAAGAAAACAAGCAGAAGAAGAGCUUGGAGAUGAUUUUCAGUACUAUACAGAAGAAGAAUCAUUUUGGGUAGACUUUCUUAGGGAACCACCAGAAGCCACGGGAGACGAACCAGAAGAUUUCUGCUUCGAUGCACCAAAAAUUUACGAGGAAAUUCCCAGCUGGGAAUUCCUUAAAGAAAAGCUCUUUAGUUUCAUGGCUCAAUACAACGAACAAGUUCGAGGAGCUGUCAUGGAUAUGGUAUUCUUCCAUGACGCAAUGGUACAUCUGAUGAUCAUAUCCAGGAUCAUAAGAACACCGAGAGGGAAUGCGAUGUUAGUAGGUGUCGGUGGAUCUGGGAAACAGAGCUUAACCCGAUUGGCGAGCUUCAUGGCCAAUUAUAAGAGCUUCCAGAUUCAGCUUACAAGAGCAUAUAACGUGAACAACCUGAUGGAUGACAUGAAGUUCCUCUAUCGUGAAGCUGGAUUAGUGGGCUCUGGAGUCACAUUCAUCUUCACAGACAACGAAAUCAAAGAAGAGACUUUCUUGGAGAGCAUAAAUAACAUCCUCAGUUCAGGAGAAAUCGCAAAUCUCUUCGCGAAAGAUGAACUCGACGAGAUUCAGUCUGAGUUGAUACCGAUCAUGAAGAAGGUACAGCCUAAGAGACCACCUACAGGCGAUAAUCUUUACGAUUUCUUCAUAACCAGAGCUAGAACCAAUUUGCAUGUAACGCUGUGCUUCUCACCGGUCGGUGAGAAGUUCCGAAGUAGAGCGCUGAAAUUCCCUGGUUUGAUAUCUGGUACCACCAUGGACUGGUUCAAUAAGUGGCCCAAUGAUGCCUUGGUAGAAGUAUCCGCCCAUUUCUUAGAAAACUAUCAAAUGGUAGCCACACCCGAAGUAAAGAACGAGCUUAUAGUGAUAAUGGCGGACAUUCAAGAUGGCGUAGCAGAUUACUGUAACCAGUAUUACGACAGAUUCCGAAGAAGAACUUACGUAACACCAAAGACCUUUAUUUCGUUCCUCGGAGCUUACAAGGUACUGUACAGGAAGAAGGUCGACGAAAUAGGAGCUCUUGCGAUGAGAAUGAAGACCGGAUUGAAGAAGCUCAUAGAAGCUGCUCAGAGUGUAGAUGAAUUGAAGAAGGAAUUGGCAAUUAAAGAAAUUGAGGUCAAUGAAGCAACGUUAGCUGCUGAAGAGGUUAUGGCAGAAGUAGAAAAAGCAACGGUUUCAGCAAAUGAAGUGAAAGGAGAGGCAGAGAUAGUAAAAAAUAGGGCGGAAAAUCUCGUAGCUUUGAUUACUGUAGACAAGGCAGAAGCUGAAAGCAAACUUAUGGCUGCAAAGCCAGCAUUGGAUGCUGCAGAGCAAGCUUUAUUGACAAUCAAAUCAGCUGAUAUCGCCACUGUCAGAAAACUAGGCAAGCCGCCAUAUCUGAUCACACUCAUUAUGGACGCCGUAUGUAUAUACUUCAGAAGAAAAUUGGAGCCUGUCAAACCAGACCCCGAGAAGAACUUUUUAUUCCCCUCUUGGACCGAGUCUUUGAAAGUAAUGGCAGAAACUGCAUUCCUGAAGAAACUUCAAGAUUAUCCAAAAGACACAAUUAGUGCUGAAACUGUAGAUCUACUAGUUCCGUAUUUCAACUACCCGAUUUAUACGUAUGAAGCGGCUAAAACUGCUUGCGGUAACGUUGCUGGUCUGAUUUCUUGGACCAUAGCCAUGGCAUCUUUCUAUGAAGUUAAUAAGGAAGUACUGCCAUUGAAGGCCAAUUUGGCCAUUCAAGAGGCAAAAGCAGCCAGGGCCGAGGAAGAUCUAGCAACAGCUAUGGAGCUGCUCCGAACAAAAGAGGAGGAGGUCAGGUUCUACGAGAGGAAAUUCGAAGAAGCUGCAGCUACCAAACAGGCUGUGGAUGAAGAUGCAGCAAAGGUCAAAGCCAAAAUGAACGCAGCGACAGCUUUAAUAGAAGGUCUUUCAGGUGAAAGAGUGAGAUGGACAGACCAGUUGGCGCAGUUCAAAGCAGAAACUGAACGACUUAUUGGAGAUGUGGUGCUGUUGACUGGGUUCCUGGGAUAUACUGGGCCAUUCAACCAGGAAUUCAGACAGAUCAUCCAACAAGAUUGGCUUGAUAGUUUGAUUGACAGGAAAAUACCAGUUACGACUAGCUUGAGUGUCAUUGACAGCUUGGCAGAUCAGCCAACAAUUGGUGAAUGGAAUCUGCAAGGAUUACCAAGCGACGAGCUGUCAGUUCAGAAUGGUAUCAUUGUAACUACAGCGUCAAGAUAUCCUCUGCUUAUCGACCCUCAAAGUCAGGGUAAAGCGUGGAUAAAAGAAAAAGAAAAGGAAAAUCAGUUGAUCGUUACGACCUUGAAUCACAAAUACUUUAGGAACCAUAUUGAAGACGCAGUGUCACUAGGUUACCCUGUGAUCAUCGAAGAUAUCGGCGAAGAACUGGACCCCGCUCUGGACAGUGUCUUAGAAAAGAACCACAUCAGAAUUGGUACGACAUUAAAAGUGAAACUGGGUGACAAAGAAAUCGACUACAACAAAAACUUCAUGGUAUACAUGACAACUAAGUUAGCCAAUCCAAUGUACACUCCCGAAAUAUUCGCUAGAACGUCAGUGAUCGACUUCACGGUCACCAUGAAAGGUCUUGAAGACCAACUUCUCGGCAGAGUGAUUCUGACGGAAAAAAAGGAGCUGGAAACUGAACGAACUAAUUUGAUCAAAGAUGUGACAGCGAAUAAGAGGAAGAUGUUGGAGCUAGAACAGAAUCUUCUACAUAAAUUAACUACGACUCAAGGAUCGCUGUUGGAAGAUGUAACUGUCAUGCAAGUUCUGAACGUUACCAAGUCAACGGCAAAUGAAGUUAAAGAGAAGUUACAGAUUGCCAAAGACACUGAAAUUAAAAUUAACUUAGCGAGAGAAGAAUUUAGACCCGUUGCAACAAGGGGCAGUGUGUUAUAUUUCCUAGUUGUCAGCAUGGCAAUGGUCAACGUUAUGUAUCAAACAUCGUUAGUGCAGUUUUUGGAAAGAUUUGAUAUUUCUAUGGAGAGAUCUGAGAAAACUCCAAUUUUAGCAAGACGUAUCCAGAAUAUUAUCGACUACCUCACAUACGAAAUCUUCAAAUACAAAUCUAGAGGUCUAUACGAGGAGCACAAAUACAUGUUCGUCCUACUGAUGUGCUUAAAAAUCGAUCUGGAGAGAGAAACGAUAACGCACGAGGAGUUCCAGAACUUCAUCAAAGGUGGAGCUGCUUUAGAUCUGAACGAUUGUCCACCCAAACCUGCAAAGUGGAUAACUGAUAUGACUUGGCUCAACUUGGUUGAGUUGACAAAGCUAAGACACUUUCAAUAUAUUGUACAACAGGUAACUGCAAAUGACAGACAGUGGAAAUCAUGGUUUGAUAAGGAUGCCCCUGAGGAAGCAGGUAUUCCAGAUGGAUAUAAUUCGUUAGAUACAUUUAGAAGAUUGCUUAUGAUCAGAGCUUGGUGUGCAGAUAGAACUAUCACUCAAAGUCGAAAGUACGUAGCCAGUUCUUUGGGCCAAAAGUUCGCCGAACCAGUGAUCCUUAACAUGGAAGUGCUUUUCAAUGAGUCGAGACCAUUGACUCCCAUGAUUUGCUUCUUGAGUAUCGGAUCAGAUCCAACGCCUUACAUUGAAAUGUUGGCCAAGAAGCUUGAGUUGAAAAGCAGGUCGAUUUCCAUGGGUCAAGGACAAGAGGUGCAUGCCAGGAAAAUGAUGGCCGCAGCAAUGUCAGAGGGAUUCUGGGCCUUGCUCCAAAAUUGUCAUCUAUCACUUGAAUAUAUGAAUGAAGUAUUACUGCAGUUCCUUGAUCUAGAAAAAGGAAUUGGAACUGUACACCCAGACUUCAGACUAUGGAUCACCACAGAAGUCAAUGAUAAAUUCCCUAUCAGCUUGCUACAAAUAUGUAUUAAAUUUACAAAUGAAGCACCGUCUGGGAUUCGGGCCGGUCUUCUAAGAACCUACACCUCAAUGAACCAAGACCUCCUAGAUUACUCUGAUGCCUGGCAGUACAUUCCGCUGGUAUAUGCUAUUUCAUUUUUGCAUACAACUGUACAAGAACGCCGAAAGUUCGGUCCCCUAGGCUGGAAUAUUCCAUACGAAUUCAACUCAGCUGAUUGGUUGUCAAGCAUAUUGUUCUUGCAAAAUCAUCUGGAUGAUAUCGAUCCUAAGAGAGGAAUCAGUUGGCAAACACUCAGAUAUAUGCUUGGUGAAGUACACUACGGAGGCAGGGUAACUGACGACUUCGACAAGAGGUUGCUGAACACCUUCUGUAGAGUCUGGUUCCAUGAUGGUGUAUUUAGUGAUGAUUUCAUUUUCUAUAAGGGAUAUAAAAUCAUUAAGUACAAACAAGUUGCCGACUACCUUACAACAAUUGAUACAUUUGCUCCAACGGAUCCUCCACAAGCUUAUGGUUUGCACUCAAAUGCUGACAUAACCUAUCAAACUAAUACGACAGUGGCAAUGUUUGACCAAAUGUUGGCGAUUCAGCCUAAAGAAUCAGGAGGUGGUUCUGGAGAGUCAAGAGAAAGCGUAGUCAGUAGAAUGGCUAAGGAUAUGCUAUCGAAAUUACCAAAUAACUAUGAUCCAUUCGAAGUGAAAGAAAGGCUGCGCUUGAUGAACCACUUAAAUCCUCUGAACAUCUUUUUGAGACAAGAAAUUGACAGGAUGCAAAAGGUCAUAACCAACGUACGAUCCAUUUUGAGGGACCUGUUACUUGCUAUUGAGGGUACUAUAAUUAUGAGCGAGGCACUUGGUGAUGCGAUGGAUAACAUCUACGACGCCAAAGUACCAGCAGUCUGGUUGCGAGGCUCUUGGGCAGCAAGUACUCUAGGUUUUUGGUUUACUGAACUAUUGGACAGGGAUAAUCAAUUUAGAAGCUGGUGUUUUGGUGGAAGGCCUCCAUGCUUUUGGAUGGCUGGGUUCUUCAAUCCACAAGGUUUUUUGACGGCCAUGAAACAGGAAGUGGCCAGGGCUCACAAAGGUUGGGCUUUGGAUCAAGUGAGCCUCUAUAACGAAGUAACGAAGAAUCUACGUGAGGAGAUCAGCAGCGGCCCGGCCGAGGGCGUUUUCGUCUACGGUUUGUUCUUGGAUGGAGCCGGUUGGGACAGAAGACAUGCUAGAAUUGCAGAAUCGAUUAACAAAGUGCUAUUUACGCUUAUUCCCGUCGUCUACAUAUACGCUAUAUAUAACAUGGACCCCAAACAAGUGGCCGGCCAAUAUGUAUGUCCAGUGUACAAAAAGGCAAAGAGGACUGGUCUCAACUACAUUACAAGUUUGUAUUUACAAACAGCUAAACCUCCAGAGCAUUGGGUACUCAGAGGUACGGCGUUACUAUGUGAUACACAAUAAAAAUAUUAAUUUGAAUGUGUUAUAUUUUGAUUAAAUAGAGAGUUUACAAACCAU